AACAGCAAGUGAAGUCUGAAGCUUUCGAGUUUCGUCGACUUCGAGGGAUUGUGUUAGUCUGUACAGCGUACGGGCCAGACGUAGCCGGUUCGGUUCAGCGACAGUUUUUCUUGUGCAUUUGUGAGCUGUGAAAUAAUACCGCCAUUCUGGACAGUUCGUACCUGGAGUUUACAAGAAUCUUCGAUCAGCAGCAACCACAAACCACCAGCUCACAAAAGCGACGUCGAAUCCUGCAGACACAACUCUCUAAGCCUUGGUGUUAUCAGCAGCUCAAAGCCGUGGCAGCCUAAGUCAGAAGUCGGCAGCAAAAUGGCACCUGAUCCGAGAGGACAAGAGGAUUCUGGCACUGUGGGUUCGAUUAUUGCUGGCCACAGGAUUUCUCUGAAUGUUCAUUACGAUACUGACUCACAGCCUGUGGACAAGAUGGGCGAAGGCGUCACUCCCUUGGAAGAGAGAGUGGCAAGCACGGGUGCUCUGUCCUGUGAGGCCCCUCUCCAGCUCUCGCCAGAUCCUGUCCUCAGUCAGAGCGAUCCGGAAACCGAGAAGGUCACACACAUUGAUCAAGUUGUGGUGGAUGAUAAAGGAGAGAUUGAGCAGGAAAGCCUCAAGUCCUCAGUGCCGUCCUCCUCCUCAUUCUCGGAGCCUCGACCAGAUACUCCGGAGACGACUUCGGCUCGCUCUGAAUCCCCCGAGUGCUCCCCGUCAGUUGCUCCAUCGCAGCAUUUCGCCGACUCGAGACCAAGAACGGAAAUGUUCAAGUCGCCAAGUAAACAGGCCGAGUAUCUUAAUGGACCAGAUCAGCUUGUUCCUUCAGAUGCCAUAAAAACCUGGGAACCAACUGGAGCAGUUAAGCUCAAAAUUGGGGACCAGGGUGUUUCAGCCCACACGCCAAUAUCUGUACCAACUCUUUUAAAGAAAGCGGCUGACAAAUACCCCCUCACAAAUGCAAUGUGCGUCAAGAGAGAUGGCGUCUGGAAAGGGACAACCUACAAAGAAUAUUAUGAUCAAGUUCGAACCAUGGCAAAGGCUUUUAUUAAGCUUGGUCUAGAGAGAUUUCAUGGGGUGUGCAUACUGGGUUUCAACUCUCCUGAAUGGUUCAUUUCUGAUCUUGCAGCAAUCUUUGCUGGUGGUUUUGCAGCUGGCAUUUAUACCACAAAUUCUGCAGAGUCUUGUGAGCAUUGUGCAGUAAAUUGUGAAGCUCAAAUCUGGGUGGUAGAGGACCAAAAGCAGCUGGAUAAAGUUCUUAAGAUUCGUGAAAACUUACCCCAUUUGAAAACAAUAAUUCAAUAUUCAGGGAAACCAACUGUCGAGGGAGUUAUAAGCUGGGCUGAGGCUAUGGCGAUUGGAAGGCAACAACCUGACACAGAGUUAGAGCAGAGGCUUUGCCGUAUUGCUGUCAAUCAGUGCUGUACUUUGAUUUACACGUCGGGUACCACUGGCCCCCCAAAAGGUGUUAUGCUCAGUCAUGACAACUUGACUUGGACUGCCCAUGCUAAUUCUGUCAAUGUUGACUUUCAUCCAGGAAAAGAAGUACUGAUCAGUUUUUUGCCACUCUCUCAUGUUGCUGCACAAAUGGCUGACAUUUAUACUUGUAUGUAUGCUGGUGGUACUUGCUAUUUUGCACAACCAGACGCCCUAAAGGGUAGUUUAGGGGCCACUCUGAAAGAAGUGCGACCCACUGUGUUCUUGGGGGUUCCACGAGUUUGGGAGAAGAUUUAUGAAAAGAUGAUGGAAGUCGGUAAGAAGACCACAGGUGUUAAAAGGUCCAUUGCUACCUGGGCAAAGUCAAUUGGACUGGAAGCAAACGAACGUAAACAAAGGCAGGACUUCAGGAAACCUUUCUGCUUCUCUAUUGCUAAUGCUGUUGUUUUCAAGAAAAUCAAGACUGUUCUUGGAUUUGACAGGUGCAGGCUGUUUAUCUCUGCAGCAGCUCCGAUUUCACCAGACAUUGUGAGAUAUUUUCAUAGCCUUGAUAUAACACUAACUGAAAUUUAUGGCAUGUCCGAGUCCUCAGGUCCUCACACUGUUGGCCUAGAAAAAGCAUUUAAGGUUGGCAGCUGUGGUCGCACUCCCCCAGGCUUCUAUACAAAGUUGCACAAUCCUGAUAAAGAUGGCAAUGGUGAAAUAUGCAUGGGUGGUCGCCAUGUUUCAAUGGGCUAUUUGCAUAUGGAAGACAAAACUCAUGAAGCCAUUGAUGAUGAUGGUUGGUUGCACACUGGGGAUAUUGGGAAGCUGGACAGUGACAAUUUCUUGUUCAUUACUGGUCGUCUGAAAGAACUAAUUAUUACUGCUGGUGGAGAGAACGUAGCACCAGUGCUUGUAGAAGAUACUCUCAAGUCAGAGCUUCCUUGCUUGAGCAACUGUAUGCUUAUUGGUGACAAAAGGAAGUUCUUGUCUAUUUUGCUCACAAUGAAGACUAACAUGAAUAUGGAUACAGGAGAACCUUUAGAUGCUUUAACACCAGCAGCUAUAGAGUGGUGCCGCAGUGUAGGAUCUCGAGCAAAUACCAUUCAGGAUGUGUUAGCUGGACCAGAUGUGAAUAUAAUGCGGGCAAUCCAGGAUGGGAUUGAUAGAGCAAAUAAACAAGCUCCUUCAAAUGCCCAGAGGAUACAGAAAUGGACAAUCUUGCCAAAAGACUUCUCCAUACCAGGUGGUGAAUUAGGACCAACUAUGAAAACCAAAAGGCCCCAAGUUGUUUUGAAGUACAGCGAGACUAUUGAAAGGUUUUAUGAAUCUUAGUAUUAUAAUAUGGGGUUGGGGUUGCCUAGUGUGCCUUCAGGACCAAUGGCUAAAGGAUUUUGUAAGCUCAAUUUUAUUUUAUAUAAGGCUAAUGGCAAAACUGAAACUCCUAGUUAUGAUUUCUACCUUAAAUCAAACUCCUAGUUAUGAUUUCUACCUUAAAUCACACUAAGUUUCAUGUUUGGUCCAUGGCACAAGAUGCUGUGUGGUGUCAAUAAGUUCAACCAAAAUAUGACUAAGUUUUUAUAGUACGAGUCCUAAUGUCACUUGACAGAUUGUUGAAAGUAAUUAGUUUUGGUAAGUGGUCAUACUGAAGAUUUUGAAGACUGCCAAAAUAUCUACACAAAUUAAAUUUAGAUAUCAGUGAUGUAGAUUGUGCUUGUGAACAUGAGAAGGUUGAAUUGCUAAAUCUUUAUAUAGCUGAAGUCUAGAUAAUGUGAUACAUAGUGCAGGGGCUGUGUGAUAAAUGUACAGUAUGUUAGUAUGCAUAGAAUCAAAGUAUCUUGAUCGUAAUAUGUCCAAUGUGCCACUGUGUGACUGAAGAUAUUUUAUUUUUAAUAUAUUGGUAACAAUACAGAGUUCAUGUCACUUCCUGCAAUUUAAUCUAAAAUCAAUAUGUAUAGAAUAGUGAUAUUAAUUUGGAUAUAGAGUAUUAAUUUUUUAAAGUUACUGAAGUGUCAAUGUGGAAAUUUUAAUGAUAAUUGGAAAAUGGUAGCAAGAGAAGUCUUUAAACUUGUUUUGCAUUUAGUAAAUGAUUGCAUUUAAAAGAAAGGAAGGUAAACCCUGUAUUGGCCUAUGAACCUGUAUAGAUUCUGUUAUUUAUGUUUAUUUGCUCCUCAAACGCACUAGGGAUAGCAUAGUACUUAAGAUAAUUUUUAAGGAGUUAUUCAACAAUGCAAUCUUUAUGUACCUGUAAAAAUAGCUUGCUUUCCCUUGUGCAAUGUAUGUUUGUAUAUUAAGAUUACCAGACUGUUCAAAGUUGGAUUUAACCUUAUGUAUAUGUAACUGAAUUUGUAUAUGUAACUGAAUUUGUAUAUGUGGAAUUUGUUUAAAAGUCCAAACUCAA